AUGGCCCUUGUUCCAAGCACUGCCUCUUCCCGAUGGAAUGCAGAACUCCGUCUCGCACAGGCGGUCUCGCAGUUCGAAGCCGACUUGACAAGCGACCAAAAAGCCGUGUUCAACAAACAGCGGCUUUAUCGUCGCACUAACCCACCUGACAGCAGCGAUGUUAUGCGACUCACUGCCGAGAUCGACCGUCAAGCAGCUCAAAAGGGCCGAGGAGUUCGGUGCUUCGGCCCCCGACUCACCAACGUGCUCCAGGCCGUAAAGCAGUUCGCUUCGAUUGGCGACGUCCUGGUGGGCGGCUCUCAGAACAUCGUUGCAUGCGGUGUCUGGACUGCGGUGCGAAUGUCACUACUUCUCAUGGCCAAUUUCUCUUCUCACCUCGAGACUGUGUCACUUCUCUUCAUGGCCGUUGGCCGCUCGGCGCCUCGAUACCAGACCUUGGCUCUCAUAUACCCUCAUUCAAAAAACCUAGCGUCCUAUCUUUCAGAAUACUUUAUCCUCAUCGUUCAGCUCUGCCACCGUUUGCUUAAGUUCACGCAAAAGUCUUUCCUCGGACAGCUGGCUGCGUCGCUAUCCGACCCCGAAAUGAAGACGUUUCAAACUGAACUGGAAAUUUGGGCAAGCAACAUCAGAGAAGAAGUCAACCUCUUGCUGAACCAAAAGGUGGACGACGAAUCGUCUAAAAACUCCCGCUUCAGAGCCCUAUCGACCAAAUUCUCAGAAACGCAAGCACAACGACAAAAGUUGAAGCAUAGGCUUCGUGUUCUGAACGCCUGUUCUGCACACGACCACGAGUCUACCUGGAAACAGACGAGGAAGAUUGGCAGCACGUCCCUUUUCAGUCGCCAUGAAGAGUACGACUCUUGGAAAGCAAGCCCCCGUUCGAGCACACUGAUCUGGGCGGGGAAACUGGGUUCAGGGAAAUCGGUCCUGAUGGCCAACAUCGUGGAUGACCUCAAUCUUGCCACCGAGAACCUAAAGAUCACAGUGGCCUACUUCUUUUGUCGACACGACCUUGCUCAAAGUUUAGAGGCACGGAAUAUCAUUGGUUCCUUGGCCCGCCAGGUGCUUGACAAGCACCAGACUCCCUCCGCCCACGAAGAAACAUUACAAGAAGGGGACCUUCCAGCAGUGAUGACUAUCGUUGAAAUGGUAGAGAUGCUGUCACGAUGCGACUUUAAGGGCACAAGACCCAUGUUUCUUCUCGAUGGACUAGACGAGUGCACUCAACGCGAGCGGUCACUUGUUUGCUCUACCCUUGGUCAGUUACAAAAUGCAUUCAGUCUACUUGUCUGCAUCUCGGUCAGGCUCGACGCAGGCAACUCCCUGGAUAAGGACAUCCGACAACUGUUCAACAGAAGUACCCUUACUAUGCCCCGGCAGCAUCUCGAGAUGGUCGAUUUCAUCAACGCCACGCUAGAGGAUUGUCUUACUUCAGAACGGCUUAACAUAGGAGACCCGGCCAUUAUUGUCGAUAUUCGCAAGACAUUACUGGAGGAAGCUGAUGGCAUGUUUCUCUGGGUGGCGCUCCAGAUCGACUCGCUCUGUGAGAGGCAUACAGACCAGGAAAUUAGGCAAGCACUGCUUGAUUUGCCUAAAGGUCUACCUGCAACGUUUCAAAGGAUACUCAACGCAGCUUCACCACAUUCGCGGCCGCUCCAGACUAAAAUUCUCCGGCUCAUCUCAAUUUCUCGCCGUCCUCUUACGAUAGAAGAGUUGAAAGAGGCCCUAAGCAUCGAUCCCGGAAACCCCAAGUGGAACCCGGAAAACGUCAUCAACAACAUGCGCUCGGCCAUGGCGUCCUGUGGAAGCCUUCUGGUGGUUGACGAGGAAGAACUGACUGUCCGACUUGUCCACCACAGUGUCUGCCAAUUCCUUCACAACGAUUGCAAAAUUGAGGGAGAACAACUGACGGCACCGAAAGCAAACGCUGAGAUGACGGCCAUUAUCGUGACGUAUCUUACGUUUAGUACCUUCGAGAGACAACUUGCGAAGGUAUCCUCCCCGAACAUACAGGCUGCACCCAUUCCCUCCAACAUCAUCCGAUCGGUUACCAAUCAUUCUACGAGAACCAGAGACUUGGCUUUGCGACUACUAGGCUCAUCAAAAAAGACGGACGUGGACGCCAGCAAAGUGCUUGUUAAGGGAAACGCAACGCUCAAAUCUAGGGAGGAGGUUCACCAUUUCUUUUCAUACGCGAAAGAGAGCCUUCUGUACCAUGUGAUAUCGACAGAUCAGCACGAAGAAUGGGCAUACAAGAUGCUGGUUGAAGUGUUUGAAACAAGACAGAUCACGACCGAAAUCACUGACCUCAGGGGACGAAGUCCCUUGUCCUACUUCGCCGAGCAUGGUCAUGAAGAAAUGGUCGCCCAGCUUCUGAAAAAGGGUGCAGACCCAUUUCAAGCCGAUAAGGAAGAUGGAAGAACGCCCUUGAUCUGGGCGUCUGUGACGGGGCAGUGGGAAAUCAUCAAUCAACUCAUGGAAGUGUUGGUGGGCCCUGCUUCUAGACAACAUCACGCCGGAGUCUCCACAGAAGCGAUGAUUAACACAGACAAUGAUUAUCUUACCGCCAUAGAUACAAUCUAUGGCCAACCUGCAAAGGAGUGGGCAUUCUCACGAGGUUACGGCGACAUCUACUCAAAUUUGUUCCGGAAGCAUCUAGGGAGAGGCUCCGACAGCCAAUUGCCUCCCAGAGAUUCCCUAUCAAACAUUUACAUCAAGGUGGCCACAAUGGAAACAUUUCACCAUCAUGGCUCGAGAGGGAUCAUGGACUCGCGGUCGUUACUUCAAGAUGGUCCUAGUCGACCUCUGGAAAUAUCCUGCAACCACGAAAUGACACUUGACGAUCUCAUCCUUGAGAUUACUUCCGUGCAUAGGAACGCAGUUACCUAUCCCCAUGCGAAGACUGAGGUCUGGAUUCUCGGCGAUCACCUAACUUGGCUGCCUCCCAGAAAGCUCUCCGACGACCGACAGAAGAUCUAUGAUAUUUGCAGGCAGCAUGUACGUCCCUUUCACCUCUGCUUCUGGGUGGGAACACCUAGGAUAGUUGAUUUGAAGGAGAUCGGCGUAGAUCGGCUCCCAGCUGAGUCUGUUUUCGUAUUUCUCAAAGAUCACAACCUUGGAAACGGCAUAGUCAUGGGCAUUGGGGUAUUUUACAUCCCUAUUUGUGUUACAAUUGCGGAACUGGCUGCAUAUACCAUCAAAAGCCAAGGCUGGUCCGAUGAUUGGGACCAUAUUUCUGUCUCCAAAGUAAGUCAUAACGUUUCUAGUGAAGAUUCAGUUUUAACUCCAGAGCUAGGAGCAGCCGCAAAAUAA